AGGAUUAGGGUCCAACUCUCUGCCAUUUGAGUACCACAAAAAAAAAGACUACCACAAAAGUUAAUGUCAUGAAAUGAUAAGGAUUUAUUUAUUUUAACUCCGAAAAGCAAUGGAGUGGAGGGGAAAAGCUGGAAGUACUUCUGUGACCGUGAGAGGGAGGACAGGACAUUCACCGGAGUGAGGAGCCGGAGAGAGAGAGACGUCACCAUGAGGCAAAUGAAUAAACUCGUUGUCUUGACUCUCUUCCAUUACCAACUAUGGCAGGUGACCGGGACGGUCCAACCGGGCGAGUCAACACCGGUUCCCGUGGCCUGGCCAGAACGAUUCCACGCGCUACUGUACAUGAAUCUGAGCACCGGGCACCUACAGAUAACGGACCUGUGGUACGACUGGCCAAAGGGGAGAAACGUGAAUAUAAUGCAGAAACAGCUGGGAGAGCUGUUUUACGACAUAGAGUGGAACAACGGCACCUCCUUCUACUACACGUUGGGCCGGAAAGGCAAGUGUGAGAUGAUGGAGUUUGAGGUGGGCAUUCCUCGGCCGGACUUCUUGGACGGGGCCAGCUACCUUGGCACCGACUACACGGAUGGAUUCUGGUGCAAUGUGUGGGAGAAGGUUGAUUUCAUAUGGUACUACGAGGACGUUGUCACUAGGAGACCCGUUCGAUGGGAUUUUUAUGAUGGGAUAUCCACUCAUGUGAUGACAUUUGAGGUUGGUGCAGUGCUGGAAGACUCUCAAACUCAAGCGCCAGCUUACUGUUUCGGACCAAAGAAGAGCCCAGCAGUGGACAAUAGGGAUGGGCAGAGCAGAGGCUUCAUCCCUACAAAAUAAGCAAUGCGUUCUUUUAACUGAGGUGCUUGAUUUUGGGUUUUCUGGAACGUUCUUAUUUCUAAUUUCUAUCGCCUUUGGGCCAGCUGAGGGAGGAAGAUGCAUUUGCAUAUUGUGCAUCUCGUGCACUUGUAAGGGUAGUGAUAGACACAUAGGCCAUACUCCACAGCGUUGCUUCUGUUGGUGCUGGCGAUUGUAAUUAGUUUUAUGUUUCCAAGAAAGCACUCGAGGCAAUCUAUCUGUAUUUUAUUACUAAGAAGGAAGCAUUUUAUCUAUAAUUCUUAUUACAUACAAUUGGUAAAAAUAUAAUAAAUGUGUUUAAUCAGUGAAAUCAUGUAUCCAUCACCCUGUGUGAAUCCCACUUA